CCUCUUAGAGCAUCUCCACAUUCACACCACUCUUGGAGAAAGCGUAGAGGAGACGCAAGCAGUGCCUGCACUCAAGUCUUAGCACUCCAAUGGCGACCACCACCAUGUCCCUCUCUUCCUCGACCUUCUCUGGAAAGGUACUCAAGAAUCUCCCAUCAUCCACACUUUUCGGCGAGGCCCGCAUUACGAUGCGCAAGACUGCGGCCAAGGCAAAGCAGGUCUCCUCCGGUAGCCCAUGGUAUGGUGCCGACCGCGUGCUCUACCUCGGUCCGCUCUCUGGUGAACCCCCAAGCUACCUAACAGGUGAGUUCCCCGGUGACUAUGGCUGGGACACCGCCGGACUUUCCGCCGACCCCGAGACUUUCGCGAAGAACAGGGAGUUGGAGGUAAUCCACAGUCGCUGGGCCAUGCUCGGGGCACUGGGUUGUGUCUUCCCUGAGCUGCUCGCUCGCAAUGGCGUCAAGUUUGGCGAGGCUGUCUGGUUCAAGGCUGGCUCCCAGAUCUUCAGUGAGGGUGGACUCGACUACCUCGGCAACCCUAGCCUCGUCCACGCACAAAGCAUCCUCGCUAUUUGGGCAUGCCAAGUCGUGCUCAUGGGUGCUGUCGAGGGGUACCGCGUUGCUGGCGGCCCACUUGGUGAGAUCAUUGACCCGCUCUAUCCAGGUGGAAGCUUCGACCCUCUCGGCCUAGCCGAUGAUCCCGAAGCGUUUGCCGAGCUAAAGGUGAAGGAACUCAAGAACGGUCGGCUCGCCAUGUUCUCAAUGUUCGGUUUCUUUGUUCAAGCCAUCGUCACCGGCAAGGGCCCAUUAGAGAACCUUGCUGACCACAUCUCCGACCCUGUCAACAACAACGCAUGGGCUCUUGCCACCAACUUCGUCCCUGGCAACAAAUUUACGUGGACCCAAAUCUUUAGUGAGGGUGGCCUUGACUACCUCGGCAACCCAAGCCUUGUCCACGCACAAAGCAUCCUUGCUAUUUGGGCAUGCCAGGUCGUGCUCAUGGGUGCCGUCGAGGGGUACCGCGUUGCCGGCGGCCCACUUGGUGAGAUUAUUGACCCGCUCUACCCGGGCGGCAGCUUCGACCCUCUCGGCCUGGCUGAUGAUCCUGAAGCGUUCGCCGAGCUAAAGGUGAAGGAACUCAAGAACGGCCGCCUUGCCAUGUUCUCGAUGUUCGGUUUCUUUGUUCAAGCCAUCGUCACAGGAAAGGGCCCACUAGAGAAUCUUGCUGACCACAUCGCCGACCCCGUCAACAACAAUGCAUGGGCAUUCGCCACCAACUUCGUCCCUGGCAAGUAACUGCGGUGUCUUGAAGACUAUCCUCACACUGAACUACUGUGAUGUUGUCUAGUCUUGUUUGUACCACCACGAUGUAAAUUACUAGAAUUUUAUGUUGAGUGUGAGAUUUUCCCGCCA